UUCGUAAAUUUGUUGGUGUAAUAUUUAAGUGAACUUUUUUUUAAAAUAGGAUCUAUUUAAAUUUUAAAUAUUAAAAUUAUUGUUUAUGUAAAAGGAAUAAUUAAUAAAUUAAAGAGUUCUGAUAAAUUUUACAGAAAAUAAUUAUAUAAGUGCUAUAACAAUAUUAUUGUUCUUAGGGGUCUUAAUUUUGGUUGAUAAGUGAUGUAAAUGAAGUACAUCGAUUGACAACAGUAAUACUUGUUUGAAAGUUACUCAAUUUAAACUCAAGAAACCGAUAUCUUUAUUCCAAAAUAUAAUCGAAAUUACUACCCCAUAUUUAACUAGAGAAAUGCAUCAUUUGAUUCCGUUGUGGGUGAUAAAACAAUUGUUAUUUUUGUGGCACGAAUAGUCUAUAGUAUUCCGCUCUAUAUAAGGGUAAAUGGGAUAACUGUUAAUUCAACAAUUUUCAAUAAAACUGAGUACUCGAUACCUAUCUAAGAUAUUUACUAUCUUGAGCAAAAUCAUAGAUUCCUUUAACUCUUAGAUUAAUUUUUUACUUUUUUAAUAUUAUUUGAAAAUAAAUAUCAAAAACAACGCUUUUGACAGACACUUGUCUCGCCGAUAUGUCUUGAGCACGCCCAUUGUAUACCUAUAUCAAUAUGCUCAUUUGAGUUUUCUUUAGUAUUCUCUUUUAUCUACGUUCAUUACUUGUUAUUAUUUUUAUUAAACAGUGAUAAUUGUAAUUGAUAAUUCGAAUAUCCGUUUGAAUAUGUAUUCUUAGAUCACUAAAAUACAUUUAGAUAUGAUUAAAAAAAACUAAAAGAUUUUUAUUUUAUUGUUAUAUAAUCAUAAUGAAUGUUUAAGAUUAUAGUAGACAUUUAUUUCACACAUAAAAAUGUCCAGUUUAUUGUGUAGAGAUGAUUUUGAUGUUGGACCAAAAUCAGUUAUUGCUGUUGAAGAUAAGUUGUGGCUAGGAUAUACCAUACAAUGAUUUCAUAAUAUGUUGUACAGCAGUUGUUGAUUUAACACAACCUCAUUAUGGGUAAGGGGACACGUUGUAAGUUACAGUUAAAGGUCCUCUAUGGUCACCAAUUUGUGAAUCAACAACAAACAGCGCAGCUGAACAUCAGCACUAAGACUGUGACUUAAUGAUUCAUAGCACCACAACAUGUCCUCUGUAUGGAAUAGAAAUUUAUCUGCUGCUAUGGAUCUAUCUUUUUUGAAAAGCAAUAAUAUUAAUUUUAUAGUUACUGUUGAUUCUUGUCCUUUACCAGAAAGUAUCACUAAUAUGAGAGAUAUUCAUAUAAAAUUUAUUCAAGUAACUGACUUGGAAAGUGAAGAUCUUUUAAGUCAUUUUGAUAGUACAUUCCAGUUUAUCAAGGACGGUAUUGAAAAAAGUUCAGUUCUUGUUCAUUGCUAUUUUGGAGUUUCUAGAAGUUCAACCAUAGUCAUAGCUUAUUUAAUGAAAAAAUAUGAAAUAAGUUUUGGUGAAGCUCAUAAAAAAGUCAAAUGUAUAAAACCAAAUGUUUCACCUAAUACAGGUUUUCUUGCUCAACUUAGCCUGUAUGAAAUUUUAAAUUGGAAAAUCAAUAAGGAUAAUUUGCAAUAUAAAAUGUACAGACUAAAGAUAGCAGCCAGAAAAGUAAAAAAAGUUAAAAUACUACCACAAGAUUGUAUAGAUGUAAUAAAAAAAGAUCCUUCUUUAACGUCAGCUAAACCAGAUCCAAAAGUUUUUCGAUGUCGAAAAUGCAGAAGAAUACUAGCAUUACAAUCAAAUCUAUUACCACAUUUUGCAAAUGAAAAACUUUCAUGGAAAGAUUCAAAGUUGUCUACAAAUUUCUUAGAAUCUCAAUUAUGUUCUUCUACUUACUUUGUUGAACCUUUGUCUUGGAUGUCUGUAACUCAGUCUGCAAAUGGUAAAAUCAACUGCCCUAAAUGUCAUUCUAAACUUGGGUCCUAUAGUUGGACUAUGGGUUGUCAAUGUCAGUGUGGUGCUAAAGUAUCACCAGCAUUUUAUUUUAUACCAUCUAAAGUAGACCAUAGUGGUUUUUUACAAAACGUUCAAUUUACAAUUUAA